GAAGUUGGAACUGAGAAUUCACCACCACUAAUGUCAAGUGUUUUUUCAUUCUUUUUGCGAUAAUAUAUAGGUGCUAUAUGUAGACAUCAGUUCUCUACUUCCUAGUUCAUCACUUGCCCCAAUUCUAAACUAUUUUGGGUUUUUUUUUUUUUUGCUCCAUUCCUUAAUCCUCACAAUGGCAAUGAAAGCCUUGCUCUUUCUCUUAGCUUAUAUGUUUUUGAUUACAUCAAUGCCUGCCAAUGCCCAGGUGAAGGCUCCAGCCCAUGCCCCCCAAAAGGCUCCCGUCCAUGCCCCUACCAAGGCUCCGGUCCAUGCCCCUGUGAAGGCUCCCGCCCAUGCCCCCAAAAAGGCUCCGGCCCAUGCACCUAUAAAAGCCCCGGUCCAUGCUCCCGUUAAGGCUCCAGCCCAUGCCCCCAAAAAGGCUCCCGUCCAUGCCCCUACCAAGGCUCAGGUCCAUGCCCCCAUGAAGGCUCCGGCCCAUGCCCCCAAAAAGGCUCCCGUCCAUGCACCUAUAAAAGCCCCGGUCCAUGCUCCCGUUAAGGCUCCAGCCCAUGCCCCCAAAAAGGCUCCCGUCCAUGCCCCUACCAAGGCUCCGGUCCAUGCUCCCAUUAAGGCUCCAGCCCAUGCCCCCAAAAAGCCUCCCGUCCAUGCCCCUACCAAGGCUCCGGUCCAUGCUCCCAUGAAGGCUCCGGCCCAUGCCCCCAAAAAGCCUCCCGUCCAUGCCCCUAUAAAAGUCCCAGCCCAUGCUCCCGUUAAGGCUCCAGUCAAGGCUCCAGCCCACCCACCAGAGAAGCAUCAUGCUCAUGCUCCAGAGAAGCAUCAUAAUCACGCUUCCCCUCCGAAAGCAGCGCCUCUGCAUCCCCCAGUUAAGGUCGAAACACCCGUCCCAUCAAAGGCUCCUUCGCAGGGUUGCGUCCCAAUGUGCGAGGAGUACUGCAAGAAAGACGAUCGCCAUAAGAUAAGGCCGUGCGUGAAAACAUGCACCGCAUGUUGUGACAAGUCCAAAUGUGUGCCGCAACCUAAAAAGAAAUGCAGCAACUGGGAUCAUGUGAAGAUGGAUGACGGAAAGUUGAUUAAAUGCCCUUGAAUUGUAGGAAUCUCCCGUAAUUUUACUCGCGAUUUAGAUAAAUGUAUGAUCUUUUGGAACUUGUUUUGGUAUCGUCGUGUAAUAGACCUCAGCUCGCGUUAGCUGAGGCGGCUCGUGUAACAGGAAUUUGUUCACUGCUCAAAUUUUGUUCAAAUUCUGUCGGAAUCAAUAAAUGAC